AUGACUUCCACAACUUCAAAAGUCCUAACACUAAUCAUAUCUGCAUUUACUAUAAUGCAAAUUACAUUAGCUGGCGAUCCAGAUAUUCUGACUGACUUCAUAGCCCCAGUUGGAGCCACAGUUGAUGGCACCUUCUUCACAUUCACUGGCUUCCGCGCCCUUCUUCCACCAAACACAUUCCCCUCAACUUUCAAAGCAUUGAAAGCAACCAAAGCCGAGUUUCCAGCUCUUGACGGACAAAGUGUGUCAUAUGCUGCUCUUGAAUUCCCUGCCAAAAGUAUCAACCCACCACACACACACCCUCGUUCAGCCGAGCUACUUUUUGUUGCUUCAGGUUCACUUCAAGUUGGAUUUGUUGACACGACCAAUAAGCUAUUCACUCAAACGCUACAAGCUGGUGACAUCUUUGUGUUUCCUAAGGGACUUGUGCAUUUUCAAUUCAAUUCUGAUGCUCAAAAACCUGCUUUGGCUCUUUCUGCCUUUGGUAGUGCUAAUGCUGGAACUGUUUCAAUUCCUAGCACAUUGUUUAACACUACCAUUGAUGAUAAUGUCUUGGCUUUGGCUUUCAAGACUGAUGUUGGCACAAUUCAAACUUUGAAGAAAGGGUUUACUUCUUAA